GGUGCAGUGCUCGAGCAGCUGCCGAUGCGCUGAGACAGGCCCUCCGCGCCAGCCCUCAAGUGGACAUGGAGAACUCGCUGACCGAGUCCGCACCCAUGGCCGAGUUCGACAAGAGCCCGCAGGACGAGCUGGACGGCGGCCCCGACGACCUGCCGCCGCCUCCGGCCACCAUCGGCGCCGCCGAGGACCAAAAGUCGCGUCGCUACUCCGGCGAGGAUAGGGGCGGCUGGGCAUGUGGAAAUUGGUUCGAGUUUCUGCUCGUGGUGGUGGUCGCCAGCAUCCUACUGUUGGGCGCUCUUGGUCUCGUCAUUUUCUGGGUCUUCAACUACCGCAAUGGCGUUGGCUGGCUGGAUGAACCGGAGCUGCUUUUCAACUACCACCCGAUUCUCAUGAUUGCUGGAUUCGUGACCCUCUCUGGAUUCUCGGUGCUGAUGUACAGAAUCUGCCGCUGCUGCCGCCGAAUUUACGUUAAACUGCUGCACACCCUUUUCCACCUGUUGGCCAUCCCCUGUGUGGUGUUCGGCUUCAUGGCAGUCCUCGAGAGUCACAACAGAGCAACCCCCGAGCCCAUCCCCAACUUCUACAGCCUGCACUCGUGGAUGGGAUUCGUCACCAUGGGGCUGUUUGUUCUGCAGUUCGUGGUCGGCUUCUUCAGCUUCCUGGUGCUGCUGUGCUGUGAGAACGCGACAGCCUCGUUCAGAGCCUCUCUGGUGCCAAUCCACGCCACCUUCGGAAUCACAACCUUCCUGCUGGCUGUGGCUACUUGCCUCACUGGUCUCACCGAGAAAGUCUUCUUCACACUCAAAGAAACAUACUCCGAAUUUCCUCUUGAGGGGAUAGUAGUGAACACCCUAGCCGUGGUUUUAGUGGCGCUGGCCAUUCUGCUGUCGUACGCUGUUCGCCGAGAACUUCCCAUCGGAUCAACGCUGAAAGUGGCCGAGAUCAAGUAAAACCUUCCUUGUGAACAGGAACUUAGCAAGAGCAACAACAACGCGCACAAACGAACCAAACCCGAAAUUUUCUCAAAUUCAUUUUCGUGUCAACAAACUUAAGCUAAACACUUUAUCUCCCUCGGAAGGUGUAAAUAAUUUAACUUUUAAGUUGCUGUCUGGCAUUUUUGUAUUGAAAAUGAGUUUUAUUAAGCUGUAAGUUAAGAGUAUGUUGUGAAAACUGUAUAUUGGAAUCUGUCGCUUUUAUUUAAAAAGCGCCAGCUUCCUAGUCUAUCUUAAAUGUUGGCAAAGUGGAAAGACUGAAGAUGGCAUGGAAUUAUGGAGUUCUGCAUCCUCGUUUGAAUCUGCAGUUUUCUUUUCACCUGCUGAAUAAGCACAGAAAGCAAUCAUUCGUGUUCAGCACAAUUGGCACAAAAUAAAAUGAUAUGAAUUGUGCUCAAAAUGUUUCAACGCAAAUUGCUUUAUCAAUCUGCUAGUACUAUGAGAGCAGAUUUUUCUCAAAUUCUUUGAAACACAAAAAAGUGGACCACACGUUUUAAAUAAUGUCUCAAUUUUACACCCUCCAUUAGUUUAUAUAAUGACUUUGCUCUUGUGUGAAAAUUUCCUACGCGACUUUUCUACACCAUUUAAUACUUUGGAAGUGACUGGGCGUUUAAACCAUUGGAGCUAUUAUUAUUAAACUGUAGUAUUGAUAUGAAACAAGGAGAAAUACUCUUUAAAUAUAAAACAAAUAUUACAAUUAAUACAUUGGUGUGUAAUAAAAGGAACAAUGUGCUCUAUUUACUGUUGUUAGCCAUUCCAGAUUUUAGUUACUCGGAGAGGUCAGAAUUUGCAUGAGGACCUAUAGAUAUUGUUUGUUAGGGAGAGAUAAUUUAUUCAAGUUCAAAAAAGAGACCAAAUUCACUUCUAUGCGUAUACAACUUCAUCGCUCCAUUGUAAUCAUGUAAGCGAGUUCGUUUUGGUCGAAUUGUCAACUAGCAUCUGGUAAAAAAUACUAAUCUGUGUUCUUUCGCCCUUAUUCAUCAUACACAUUAGAAUCAUAAAGAAAGAGCUAAUCGUGAAAUUAACACUGUUGUUAUGUGUACCUUAAAAGCUACGAGUUCAUAUUAUACAAGCAUGAAAACCCAACACAAUCAUGAAUAAUGCCAAUAUUGAAAGGAAACUCUUUGGUGACGCAAGGAUUUCGACGACCCUGAUGACUGAAACCCAGUGUAACUGGUUUAAUGUCUUGAGGUCCAAUUUUGUACACGUGAAAAAUUGUAGAAUUCUGUUUUCUAAGCAUCUUUUUGGAUACAGACAAAUAAAGAUAAACUUUGUGCUACACU